UUUCAACCUUGACGUAAAUGAAAGGUUACGUUAGAGUACAGGGAUACUAAAGAUGACUCGGUAGUGACUAAUUGACGUUAAUUAAGACAAUAUUUUCUGUGAUAUACUUCUUGGUCUUGGAAACGUUCGUAACGCCAAGGAUGAACAAAUUGGCGAAACACGCGGAUAUUUGUGCGGAUUGUGGAUCCCUUGAUCCUCCUUGGGCCGUGGUCAACAGGGGGCUGCUGGUAUGCGACGAGUGCUGCAGCAUCCAUAGAAGCCUCGGAAGGCACGUUUCCCAGGUCAAAAGCCUCAAACGGUCUCACUGGAACAUAUCCCAGCUUAAAAUGGUUCAGAAUUUAAACAAUGGAGGAAUAAAUAGUUUGUGGGAGCACUCAUUGGGAGAAGUUAAAUCAAAGAAAAAACCAACACCAAAAGAUCCUUUACAUCCGAACAAAGCUGAAUUUAUAAGAGCGAAGCAUAAAGAACUUCAGUUUGUUCUGAAAAGUACAGUGAGCCCAGAAGAUUUGAAUUUACAGCUACACUCGAGCGUCCGCACUUCGAACAUAGACACAAGUUUAAGGCUUUUGGCUCAAGGAGCAGACCCAAAUUUUCUUCACCCGGAAAAGGGCACCCGAGCGUUGCACGUAGCAGCAAAAGCCGGCCAACUCUCCCAAAUCGAACUGUUGGCAAUUUACGGUGCUGAUCCGAAUGCCAAAGAUGUUCACGGAAACACUGCCAUGCAUAUAGCAAAACUCUCAGGCCAUAGGGAAGUGCAGAUGCGUUUAGUCGAAAUGCUGUACACAGUGACUGAUCGUUUGAUUUAUUUUUUGACGAGGCUCAGGCCUGACCAUCAAGCUGGGCAGCAUUUUGUCCUUCCUGAGCCAAGAGACUGCCUUGUCAACCCAUCACCAUCAGAUAUUGGAAAAUCCAGACUUAGCCAGUUGAACAAUAACCAAUUUGAAGAAUUUGUUAUGGAUGUUUAUGAUGAGGUGGAUAGACGUGAGACUGAAACAAUAUGGCUUUCAAGUGGUGCUUCGUUAGAGUAUUCUUCGGUUCCUUUCCUUCCAGUCGACCCCGAUCUCUCAUCAAUGAGGAAUCAGGGACGCCAAAAACUGGCCAGGCUAUCCACUCAGGAGUUUUCUGCUUUAAUUUUAGACAUUCUUCAUGAUGCACAUAAAAGACAGAAUACCAAAAAAAAGACUAAAGACACUGAAGAGGAACCACUUUAUGAUAGUGUAGCCUCUGAUGAUGAUUAUGCAACUGUGGAACAACUGGCGAUUAUGGUGGCUCAGAAUUCCAGAGGUCUUCCAUUAAUGCUGUCUGAACCUGCCAAGAGCACGAUAGCAAAGGCAGAAACUUCGUUAGAAAGGGAAUUAAGGGAAAAAUUGUUAAUUGCUCAAGCUAGGGAAUCACAGUUGUCAGUUCAAAUUCAAAGGUUGAACAAACGGGUGGAUGAAGUGAAUAUAGAAAAUGAGAAGCUUAAAAGGUCAUUGAAAGUAUCAGUUGCUCAGAGUGAACCGGAUCCUGUUAUGGAACUCAGGCCUACCUCGCAAAAUUCCCUCCCUUCGCCACGGCCAGCUUCAAUGUAUGAACCUAGAGAUGCCAUACGUGUUCAGAGUGUAAUGCCAUUGCCAGAAGAGGUGAUUCGCCGAACAAACCAAGUGACUAAAAGGAUACAGGAACUUUGGUCAGCAGUGAGACCGCCAGAAUCUAACUUUGUCUAUGUCCCUUGCGCCGAGAGGAUCAGGGUGGCUGUCGCCGAGUUAACUGCAAUUUUCCCCCAGAAGCUCACCGACGAUGAGAUUCGUUCUUGGAUGUACCAGCUGAACACGAGCACCACGAGAUUACAGUUUGAGUGCACAGAAUUGGAAAAAUGCGCCGAAUCUGUGAGAAGUCUCGCUUUUCAAAUAGCCGACGCCAACAGACGCCUGAUUACAAGGUUUAAGUGAAUUCACAAUGCUUCCAGAAGCCGUCAUCGCCCUAACAAUAAAGCACUUCAAAUCUGAUUUUUUCAUGUCUUCUCUAUCACAUAUCGGUGGUUUGAAUUGUGAUAAUCUUCAAUAAUAAUUAACUGACUGUUUAAUUUAAAACAUUGUUUAAUCAGUAUUAUUAGAGAUGUAAAUGUUCUAUUGCCAGUAGGUUAAUUUUUAGUACAGUUUGAAGUGUUUUGCGUGUAUUUCAUUAUAAAUGACUGCGUACCUAACCAAAAAAAAAAAUCGUUUUAAACAAACUUGCCAUUUUUAAUAAAUGAAUCAUAUAAUUCCUAAUAUAUUAUAUUUAACAAAGAGCUUUAAAUAUUUUUUCAACUAUACGAACAGAAAUUAAUGUUUUCUAAUUAACUUUAUGAAGCUUCUUGCAUUAGUGUAAUGCAUAAAAUAAAAUAAAAAAUACAGCAGGGAUUAUAAAUAAUUUUUGAGCUCUAUAUAAUGUAUUUCAUAGGAUUAAACUAUUUGUUAAGGAGUGAAUUAGUGAUAAUGAAAAAAUUAUAGGGAAUUUUAAAACUCUCAGGUCCAAAAAUUCAGUUAUAAGUUUAAAAAGGGGAAACAGUCUCGAUAAACUACCUCCCUUGCGAGACUGUAAAUAAUUUGAAUUUGUUAAUAAUCAGUUAAUACAAUUUUAAUUUUUUUGUUUUGCCACUAUUAUAGUAUUUACUUUUUUUACACUUUUUGAACAAUUAAUUAAUCACUGAUUUUUUUCAUCAGUUUUAACUGCGUUUCAAGCCAGGGCUUGGCUCGAAAUGGAGUUCAAACUGUGAUGGGAAAACAGUGAUAAAUAGUUCAGUAUAAAAUAAAUCAUUGAAAAAGCGAAAAAAAAAAGUUAUAACUCUAAUAAUCGUUUAGAUUGUUCAGGUUUUGACUCUCUAAGUGCCUUAAAUCCUUUGUUUCCUUCCAUUAAGAUAUUUCACCGCAUAACAAAAAGAUUAGUCACGCUUUAUUUCUGUGUAGACUGUACCUAUUUUCUAAUUCUAUUCCUGAGAAUUUCUAUUGUUUUUUUUCCAAGACCAGAAACCUUGUGAGUGUUCUAUUAAAAGUAAAAGACUGAAUUUAUUAUUUUGAUGAGUAGUAUAUUGCUCUUUGUUGCUAAUAAAUUUAACCUACAAUAUUUUUAUGAACAGAAGUAUCUUUAUGUAUUAAAGAAAAUGAGAAAACAUAUUUGUUUAGUAUAUUGUUGUAUUGGUCUGUUUCUUUGCUAAUCGAAACUAUUUUUCUAUUGAAGCAUGGUACAGACGAACAUUGAAAAUCCAUUAUAAAAAAAGAAAACAAUAUGUAGAAAUAUAUUAUUAAAAUGUUCUUUAUCCUUUA